AUGGCCAUCAACUACCUCAUCUUGCUCUCCCGACAAGGGAAAGUGAGACUGGCAAAAUGGUUCACCACUCUUUCACCCAAAGAGAAAGCCAAAAUCAUUAAGGAUGUCUCCCAACUUGUUCUCUCUCGGCGGACGCGAAUGUGCAAUUUUCUCGAGUACAAGGACACUAAAGUUGUCUAUCGGCGUUAUGCAUCUCUCUUCUUCAUCGCCGGCUGUGCAUCCACGGACAACGAACUGAUUACCCUCGAGAUCGUUCACCGAUACGUGGAACAAAUGGACAAGUACUAUGGCAACGUGUGCGAGUUAGACAUUAUUUUCAACUUUCAAAAGGCAUAUUUUAUAUUGGAUGAACUCCUGCUGGCUGGCGAAAUGCAGGAAAGUAGCAAGAAAAAUGUCCUGAGAUGUAUCAGCCAGGAGGACAGUCUGGAAGAUAUGGAGGUCGAAGAAGAUGUCACGAAACUCAUGUAG